CUCUGAAUGAACUGAUGAGAGCGAGUUCUCAGCCUGCUCUGGAGGGGAGUGGAGCGAGGGUCCCGGCGGCGGGCAAGAUCGAAGCACUGGGGGCUGGGUAGCGGUCCCCGGGCCGCCGCCGUGGAAAUUUCCAAGGACUUGGAGCGGCGGGGAGAGCACGUCUGAGGGGUGCCGGGCACCGCACCGCGGCGGCGCAGGAGGCGGGGAAAGGGCGGUGCAGGGCGGUGCAGGGCGCAAGAGCAUCUCUCUCUGAAAGGGACACAGUGGGUCAGAUGUCCCGAGCCAUUCGCACCUCUUUCAGGAUCUCAGCCGAGGGCGACUGUAAGGGCGGUAGCAGCCAACCCCACUGCUCUCCUCCAGACCCCUCCAGCACUCGCCUCUGCAGGGAAAACGACCAUGGCUCGUGACUUACCCGGGGGCCACUUCCUCUAGCGAGAAAUCCGUGGGAAAAGUUGCAUUGGAGAAGAUCCUUGUAACUGACCUCUGGGACCGUGGUGGGGGUUCCCCAGCAGUGCGUACAAGAAAGCCAAAGGUGUGUGUGCAUGCGGGACCGGCCGUGGGGGCACCCUCCCCUGCCACUUGGACUAGCAUUGUGCUGAGGCUCCCACCACCGACUCUGGGACUCUGAGACUGUGAUGGGCCCCUGCGGGCGGGCCCGGCUACACACAUCCAGAGGGGCAAUGGCCAUACUGGCAUGGAAGUUCCCUCGUACCCGGCUACCCGUGGGAGCCAGUGCCCUCUGUGUGGUGGUACUCUGUUGGCUCUACGUCUUCCCUGUCUACCGGCUACCCAAUGAGAAGGAGAUCAUACAAGGAGUGCUGGCACAGCGCACAGCUUGGAGGAGGAACCAGACCGCCGCUAGGGUCUUCAGGAAGCAAAUGAAAGACUGUUGCGAUCCGGCCCAUCUCUUUGCUAUGACGAAGACGAACUCCCCCAUGGGGAAGAGCCUGUGGUAUGAUGGGGAGUUUCUAUACUCGUUCACCAUUGACAACUCCACCUAUUCCCUCUUCCCCCAGGCAACCCCCUUCCAGCUGCCAUUGAAGAAAUGCGCGGUGGUGGGAAACGGUGGGAUUCUGAAGAUGAGUGGCUGUGGCCGUGACAUAGACGCAGCAGAUUUUGUCAUGCGAUGCAAUCUCCCUCCCUUGUCAAGUGAGUACACCAGAGAUGUCGGCUCCAAAACUCAGCUGGUGACAGCUAAUCCCAGCAUAAUUCGCCAGAGGUUUCAAAACCUGCUCUGGUCCAGAAAGACAUUUGUGGACAACAUGAAGAUCUAUAACCAUAGCUAUAUCUACAUGCCUGCUUUUUCUAUGAAGACAGGAACAGAGCCGUCUCUCCGUGUAUAUUACACACUGAAAGAUGUUGGUGCCAAUCAAACAGUGCUUUUUGCUAACCCCAACUUUCUGCGGAGCAUUGGAAAGUUCUGGAAGAGCAGGGGAAUCCAUGCCAAGCGCCUGUCUACAGGACUGUUUCUGGUCAGCGCAGCCUUAGGCCUCUGUGAAGAGGUGGCCAUCUACGGCUUCUGGCCCUUCUCUGCAAAUAUGCAUGAGGAGCCCAUUAGUCACCACUACUACGACAAUGUCUUGCCCUACUCGGGCUUCCACGCCAUGCCUGAGGAAUUUCUCCAACUCUGGUACCUUCACAAAAUUGGUGCGCUGAGGAUGCAGCUAGACCCAUGUGAGGAGCCAUCACUUGAGCCCACUUCCUAGGGACCAGAAAAAGAAAGAACUGGGCUGGGGAAUAUUUUUGCUAGGUUUUCUAUAUGACUUCCAAAAGGAGUGGCCAAAGUGUGUCAUGGAUUGGCAUGAUAGGAACCAAACAAAAACCCAAGCAAAACUUUGCGUUUGACGUUAGCUUGGCGAACACUAAGAAGUAAAUGUUCUGGGGGAAGAUUUUAUAGUGUGUCGUGGAUUUACAACUGGGAUCCCAAGGAGGUGAUGCCGGCAGAUGACGUGUCUGUGGUUCAGAUCUAGAAGACGAGAUGCAAGGAACAGAUGAAGUCUGAUUGCUGAGGCCGAGGGGCUCAUCAUGGCAGCAUGUGGGAGAUGCCGGGGGUACGGCUGACAGUCAAUAUGCCGUGGCGUCGCAGUCAUUUUAAAAGACCUCUCUUAUUGAGACUGGCAUUAGAACUGUAGGUUUUUUAAAAAUUAUUAUUUAUUUUUGUCCUGUUUAGGGCUGUGGGUGGGUGAUGGGGUAGACUUACAAAAUCUUUCCUGCUGAUUUUUGUGAUUCGUUAAAACAAGUCUAUGUUGGCUACAGUCCCCUCUGCUAGUACAGUUUUAAGUAAGAAUUGCUUCUUGCCUCUUUGGUUAGGUCUAUUUAGUAUGAAGCUCUGUUGACUUUAGACUGGUUACAGCCACCAGGCCAUGACUCAUCUCUGACAGAUACAUGAGAAUAAUCUUUGAUUACUUUGAUUGAUAGUUUAGAUAACAGAAGAUGCUUCCUCGCCCCAGAUGCUGAGAGAGAAGCUCAACUUUAGGUCCCUGUUACAUCAACCCAUAGACUCUGAUGCUGGUAUUUUCCCCAAAUCACUCUGCACACAAUUGCUUUAUUCACUUGUAAAGGGGCAAAAGUGUCUUCAUUUAAUGAGAGGUGAAGUAAGAACUUAGUCUCUGAGGCCGACAGACCAGGAGGCAGGGCCCUUUUCUCUUUAACAUGAAUAUUUUCCUUUAAGGUAACUCAUGCGUACUUACACAUGAAUAUUCCCUUUCAAGACGAUGUGUGUGCACGUACACAUGAGUAUAAACACAUGUGCUCUGACACACUAUACAAAGUAAUCAAAGAUUAUUCUCAUGUCACUGUUGAAACAGAGCAUGCCUGGCCUGGAGUGUGUAACCAGCGUGGAAGCGCUACAGAGAGGCCCUAUGGAAUCCAUUUCAUCUUGACAUAAGUUGAGCUGGCAUAGCAGUUACUGUCUGUUUGCAUGCCAGCACAGAGUGCAAGGUUUACCCUCAAAAACAUAAUCCAGGAUGAGAACUGCUGUCUUAUUCAUUCUGCCUCCCCCACCCCCCAAAUCUCAUGAAUGGGCCUUGUGCUGAGCAUAGUGACAAGGGACCUGGUUCAUGCAAAGGAGCAGGUAGGAACCACAAGCUCUGUAUUUUCUGUGUCAGGUGUGGCUGCUUGUGCAGCUCGGUACAGCUGCUUUGACACAAGGGAACUCCACGGCCAAAUGUGUCUACUGUAAGUAAGGGACACACAGGGACAUCUUCUGUGGUUGUGGGCUCCAAGGAGCUGUGAAAACUCACGUUUAUUCUUUCAAGUGUUGUCAUGUGUGGGUAAAACCGACCCCCAAGCUCUACUUCACCUUGAAGGUGCGAACUUAGUAUAUUGACCACGUCUAUGAAAACAGGGGGCUUUACAAUGAACGCUAAUUUAUAAGUUAUCAAAGUUAUGGAAGAGUUGCACGUUGCCAAAUGUGAUCAAAUAUCCAGGUUACUCUAGAAAUUAGCAUUUGAACUGAUACAGGUUGUACUGAUGUUUAGAGAAUGAAAGGUUUGUGAAGUUCACCACUGUGCAGGCUGGCCUGGUGUUUCCAUCUUGUGUGGUAGCAUCAGGCUAUCAGGAAGGCAGUGUUAAAUGUGUUAGUCCUGUCUGCACAACACUUACUAUAAUCCCUGUUUUGAGGGACUAGUAUUUAAUAAUUACCUAAGAAAGAAUGAAUUUCCACCAAUAGACUUUAUUAAAAGUAUAAAAGGCCUAGAAAAACAGCACAUACAAAGAUUAAUUAAAUGUGCAGUCAGAUGAAUGCAUUUCAGAACUGGUCAGAAUCUAAGCAAGAAGCUCAUAAAAUCCACACAUCCCAGUUCAUGGAGAAGGCUAUCUGGGAGUCCGAACGUUAGCUGCAGGUCCUGGAACAGGUCCACGUAGGAGUUGUGGGUUUCGUCUGUCUACAAGCUGUAAAGCUAGUCUACCUGGCAUCUGAACUGCAGAGCAGAAAUGGUCAACACCGUCAGGUAGAGCUGUGCUUUCACCCACGAUGACUGCCCUUCCCUCCCAGGGGCCAUAAGCCAACACCUGGGGACAUUUUCUUGUUAUGACCAGGAAAGCUAGCUGCUUGCAGUGGGAACAGCCAUGGAUGGUGGUCCGGCAGCAAUGGGUCGGCCACUUGCCGUAGAGAAUGGCCUAGAGAAACGGUAGUGGUGUGGAGAUUAGGAAACCCCAGGUUGGACCAAAAGAAAAGCUUGUUUGUGCCAUUUGCCCUUUAGGACACAGGUGUAAUGUUCGUGGCAUGAACAGCAUCACUGCAACCUUCCAUUAUUUUAUAGUGACAAUUCAUAGGUGCAUAUGUCAUAUACGUAACUUUAUGUGUGUUUGAUUAGAUGAUGUAGCUAAGCAAGAGGUAGGUGUGGCUGAAUGGGUGUCUCUCUGAGUAUGUAUAUAUAACUAUGUGUGUGUGUUUAAUAUUAUUUUUAAUAAUUCUGGAGAAACCUCUCCAGAAUCAUCCCUAGAACCUUCUGGAGUACCCUAUUACCUUUAAGAGGUUGGGGACUAUUAAAUUCUACUUCUUGAAAUUAAGGCCUUCAGCUCUGGGCCUGUUCCAUUAUUUAACAUAUUUGACCUUUAACUUUUAGACAGAAGGGAUUUGGGUUAUGAUGGGCAUAGUCAAUAGGAAACACUGAAUUGACUUCAGUGCAUCUGGCAAGAGCUGACACCCCUCUCUACCAACAAUUAGGCCAAUGCUUUAAAUGUGUAUAUGUGUGCAUGCAUGGCAAUUCAUAUAUGAGAGAGAGAAGGAGAGAGAGACACAGAGAGAGACAGAGACAAAAGUAAGAUUGCUGAUUGACGGGGAAAGGAUGCAGAGACUACACAUGAGCACCCAGGCAGGAAUUCUCAUUUUACUCAACUGCAACUGGAGAACUGCUUUGGUUCUCAAGUCCCUGAGCAAGGAUGGCUGCUAUCUGAUUUCAAUCACACUUCAGUAAGAAUUAUGCCAGGUGAAGAGUAAGUCGUCCCACCAGAAAUAAAGCUUGUACCUGAAAGCCCUUUCCACAGAAGAUGACCCUUGGACCAGUGUGCUCACCACUAUUAAAUGCUCUACAAAAGUAUAUCAAAAUUGUGUGCCUAAACUAGAUUGCUCACUUUUAUGACUUCACCAAAGGGAGGGAGCAGAUAGAGGGCCUUCUCAGCCCUUAAGAGUUCUGACUGCCCCUGCAGAGGACCUGAGUUCAGUUUCUGACACACAAGUCCUUGAGCACAGCUGCCUGUCAGUCCAGGUCCAGGUGAGCUGGCGUCCUCGUCUGCACUCCAUGGAUGCUGCAUGCAAGUGGGACCAUAUAUCUAUAACUAAUUAGGGAAUACAUCUUAAUAAAGGUUGAGAAUUAAUUCUCAAAAGGAAGAUGUUCAGGUAGUGCCAAUCUACAGUUUAAAUUUCUGUGUUUGAAAAAUAUCAACUUUGUUGAAUUUUUGCUGGCAAAUCCUUGUCAGGAGAGAUCUAAUGAGAAAAAUAGUCACCAGUGCAUUGAGAGCCUUCGCCCUAUGAGCUCAAGUACCUGAGUUUGCACUUGCUAAUCUGGGUGCCCCGUAGCAGAGUCUGAUCACCUUGACCCAGUUACAUAUGAUCAUGAGUAGUAGACUUCUCCUCUCUGUGCACAUGGAUGAGAUUUCUGAGUCCCUGAAUCUAGGGAGAGAUCAGAUACCCCACAGUUCCUCUGCUUUCUUUGAAACCACGGACUUCUGAAGUUCAGAGUGUGUACAACUAACUGUGAGACCACAGGGUGUAUUCUCAGCCCUAUACAGUUCCUGUUUUGUUAAGUGGGAGGGUCUCAAAUUGUAGACAUCCCUCACACACCCAGGCACACACACACAUGUGCAUGCACACAAACACAAGGAUAUGAAUAGUAUCUGCCUUACUCUCGGCCUUAAUGUGCCAUUUGACAUUUUCACGUACCUCCCAGAGAUGAAUGAUUGAUGUGUGCACAUGAAUGGAACCAUUCUUCAUACUUUCUAACCUCAUUGCAACAAGGAAGGAACGCGCUUCUGCUUCCUUGUUUGGGUUUUCUCUCUGUUGCCGACAUUUGUAGUUUCUUUUCCUUUAACACAGAGGAACAUGCAUAUUGAAGUGAGUUAUAAUGUUGUGAGCACUUGAGUAACAGCCAAAGCCCUCGACUCUCACUUGUUAGGCCACAAGAGAAGAAUUACUUUUUAUGGUUGCUCAUCUGACCAAGACUUUCAGUCUCACUGAUGUGUUCAAAACCUUCCUGGUUUCGCUUUUCAGUUGAAACUGUUGGGAUUAAAUCACUGAGGCAGAGUUGUCCAAGAGUAAUGGUAUAAUAUCCAAAUAUAGUUCGUGCUUCUUCUAGCUUCUGUGUAACUAGAUUUCCUCCAGGUUCCUGUCACUUUCAGAUGUGUGUUUCAUGCCAUUAACAGUAAACGCCAAGUGAUGGGACUUAGUCCAAAGCACAGAAAACUGUGUUCACAGAAUUCUGGAUUUCUCUAUACAGUAAUAGAAAGAAAAAAAUGGAAUAGAGAAAAAAUGUAACUGAAAUAAAAACUAAGAGAAAAUAGUGAUUUUUUUCCACUGCAAAGGACCUACUGGGAAGGGUCUUAGCCUCAGGAGGCAGCUCAGCAGACAGGAAGCAAGGAGUUGUUGUCUUACGAUGCAGUUGCAAGAACGGAAUGGCUUCAAAAUAACAGAAAGGAAGUGUGUUGCCUUGUCAUCUUUAGGGUUAGGAUGAAAAGAUGAUAUACCAUGAAAAUGGAUAUCGAGGCUGUUGCAGGGAAGACUCCAAGCUGGUACCUGUAUUCUCAUGUGGAUCUUGGCAGUCUUGAAGAUCCCAGGUUCCUGCCCUCUCCAGGAAGUACCCUCCUGGAUGCCUGAAUUUGAUGAAGUAAACACCUACACAUCACUCUGUCACCUCUCUUUAGAGUUAGAUUUUCAAGGUGAGUUCUAAUUUAGCUCUUCUGUCAAGAUGGUGCAGCAAUGGUGGUUAAUGUCACUCUGAUGUUGACUGCUGGAUAUGGUCACCAUACACUGCACAUUAGCAAGAGUUAGUCUUAGCUUCCGGUCCCCACAAUGAUUCUCAAAAGAGGCAACAGCAACUUAGAUUUAUUAUCCUUCGUGUUUUAGUUCAAUCUCUCUCUCACCCUCCCUCUGUCCCUGUCCCCUUCCUUGUGCUAUUUAUGCCCAUGGAAAACAGGAAAUGAUUUGGUAAUGUUGGGGAGUGGCAGAAGGUGCCUUAACUUUUCCUGGCUUGGCUCUCCUCUUACAUACUCCAUGUGUCUGUUGCUUUGCAGAUGUUUCUAUGUCUGUCCAACUUGUACCUUUAUCGUCAGCAAGGACCCUUUUAAAUGUAGCAAAUGGGACUGUUUUAUAGAAAUUCCUGAUAGUGCAUAGGCCUUGGAGAAGUCUGAUAAUGGUGUGUAAAUAUCCUUUGCUCAGUUGUGGAACAUUUUCUAAAGUCUUUUAGGUGAUACCUACAGAAAAUUCCUAGAGUUAAGAAUGUUUUUCCAGAAAGCUCCAGCAUUCGUGGAAGCAAUGAUCCAACCUAUUGCUGUCUUCCAUUCUGUCUUCAAUAUGACAGUCCUCUCUCUGCAGUUAGGGUGACUGAUGGUGCACCAGAGAGACACUACCUAUGAGAAGGGGAGAGGAAGGACAUAAGCACACUAUUCUAAAGCCUGCUUCAUCUUAAAAGAUUCUAUAUUAUUAGAUUUAUAGUUAUCACGCAGCAUAGUUUGAUCUGCAAAAUAUUGGGGAAAAUUUUUACCUUUAGUCUCUAUCAUUGCUCAUUCUAGACUAUUCCACAUGUAUGCAAGCGGUUUUAUCGGUGUAUAUUUUCAGAGAUUGGGUAAGAGUAAAAAUAAGAAAUUUUAAAUAUUCUUUCUCACCUACUGCCUAUUGGUCCAUGAUAAUUCUGGGAAAGACUUUUAGAUCAGACUAUAAAAUUGAAGUUACCUUUGAAGUGUUUACAGAGUGGCUUCCUCCUAUUAAAGCCACCUUUGAUAGACAGGAAGUGUGGGAACCCAAUGCUCUUCACUGAUAGACAGGAAGUGUGGGAACCCAAUGCUCUUCACUGAUAGGAAGUGUGGGAACCCAAUGCUCUUCACUGAUAGACAGGAAGUGUGGGAACCCGAUGCUCUUCAUUUCUCUUCUUUUAAAGAAUUUUAUAUAAAAAUGUAGCAGGUCAGAAAAGCAGUUUAACCGGUACUUUUUAUGGUGUGACUUGAAAACAGUGGUGCCUAUCUGGUGGCUGAGAUGAGCGGUGAUGUCCCGAGCGGGGUCACUGGGAAAAUACCUUUCCUGUGGUGUGUUCAUGAACCGUGCUGGCAGUGAGAAGGCGAACCAAGUCUCAGUUUCUCUACCUCCCUUCCUUGGAGACGAUUUGGAAAUGUACCCUGUGAAUAAAAUGGGUUUUUUUU